CGGCCGCGCACGCUGCUCGCCGCGGCUCCGGUGGCGGCGCCGUUCCCCUGCCCGCGCUGCUCCCGGACGCACGGCUCGGGCGCCUCCCGCCGCGGCGCAGCUCCCCCGCCGCUCGGGCUCCCGCGGCGCUGCGGCUCAUGCCCGCGGGCACGGAGCGCGCAGGUGGGCCGGCCGCCUCUGGGAGAUAGGCCCCCGGGGACGACGGCGGCGGGACCAUGGCGCGGAGACCCAGAGUGCCGGCCGCCUACGGGGAGGAGUUCUCCUUCGUCAACCCGCUGGUGAAAUACCUGCUCUUCUUCUUCAACAUGCUCUUCUGGGUGAUUUCCAUGGUGAUGGUGGCUGUGGGAGUCUACGCUCGGCUGAUGAAGCACGCGGAAGCAGCCUUGGCCUGCCUGGCAGUGGAUCCUGCCAACCUACUGAUCGUGGUGGGUGUGCUCAUGUUCCUGCUCACCUUCUGUGGCUGUAUUGGAUCCCUGCGUGAAAAUAUCUGCCUCCUGCAGACGUUCUCCCUGUGCCUCACCAUCGUGUUCCUGCUGCAGCUGGCUGCUGGGAUCCUGGGAUUCGUCUUCUCAGACAAGGCUCGGGGGAAAGUGAGUGAGAUCAUCAACAAUGCCAUUGUGCACUACCGGGAUGACUUGGAUCUGCAGAACCUCAUUGAUUUUGGCCAGAAGAAGUUCAGCUGCUGUGGAGGGAUUUCUUACAAGGACUGGUCCCAGAACAUGUACUUCAACUGCUCAGAAGACAACCCCAGCCGUGAGCGUUGCUCUGUGCCUUACUCCUGUUGCUUACCUACCCCCAACCAGGCAGUGAUCAACACUAUGUGUGGCCAAGGUAUGCAGGCCCUUGACUACUCGGAGGCUAGUAAAGUUAUCUACACCAAUGGCUGUAUUGACAAGUUGGUCAACUGGAUACACAGCAACUUAUUCUUACUUGGUGGUGUGGCUCUGGGCCUGGCCAUCCCCCAGCUGGUGGGAAUCCUUCUGUCCCAGAUCCUGGUGAAUCAGAUCAAAGAUCAGAUCAAGCUACAGCUGUACAACCAGCAGCACCGGGCUGACCCAUGGUACUGAGAAUCCAUCCUGUACCUCCUCACCAUGGCAACAGGCAAGCCUCAUCGACCAACAGCAGCGGUUGCUGAGAACAGCACCAAAUGGAGAUUUGGAUUCCAGGCCCCCAGGGACAGCCCAGUGGGAAGAAGGAAACUCCAGAUGGGCAGAAGGCAGGGUGUACAGGUGGCUUAAGUCUCAGAAGGAUGUGCCUCCUCUCCCCCAUCCUAGCCCUCAGCAUUGUUUGAGGGUUAUUUUGUAUUGUUUCUAACCUUAACCAUUUGGGUUUUUGUUUUCUUAAGUUUCAUUUGGGCAGAGGUAAACAUCAGUUUAUUAUCAGAGGAAACAGCAGUUGCACAGAGAAUUGUGGGGAUUCUAGCUGGUGCUUUUUCACUGAGGCACUACAACCAACAGCUGUAUUAGGGCUGUUACUGAGCUUGGUGGACAUACUUAGACUCUGACUUGCCAGCAAGACCUGGCUGUAGAAAGUAGACACCAGCAACCCUGCCUGGAGUCCAGUUGGCAUGAUACCAGCUCCAGAAGGGAAGGGAG